AUGUCAGACAACUCCACCGCCACCGCGGACGGCGGCGGUGCUGCCCCAUCACCCGUCUGGUGGACACCCGAUCCGGCUUCAGGAGUUGGGAGCGGUGACAAUGCGUGGCAAUUGACGGCGGCGACGCUCGUCGGUAUGCAGUCGGUGCCCGGACUCGUGGUCCUCUACGCCGGUGUCAUGAAGAAGAAGUGGGCCAUCAAUAGCGCCUUCAUGGCCUUCUACGCCUUCGCCGCCGUGCUCAUUUGCUGGGUUCUCUGGGGCUACGAGGCGUCCUUUGGUGAAGAGAUGCUGCCCUUUGUCGGCAAGCCCAACAACGUCCUCGGCAUGGACAGAAUGCUCGCCCAGUCGACUCUGCCUUCAAUCAUAACAGCCGCCGGCACCCCGGCAGUGCAGCAGUUCCCGCUCGCCACGAUGGUAUACUUCCAGUUCGUCUUCGCCGCCAUCACGCUGGUCAUCAUGGCGGGCGCCUUCCUGGGGAGGAUGAACAUCUACGCCUGGAUGGUCUUUGUCCCCCUGUGGCUGACCCUGUCGUACACGGUCGGCGCAUAUUCCAUCUGGGGUGGCGGCUUCCUGUUCAAGCUCGGCGUCAUCGACUACUCGGGCGGCUACGUUAUCCACUUGUCGUCGGGGACUGCCGGAUUCAUUGGCUGCUACUGGAUUGGGCCACGCCUGGCCAAGGACCGCGAAGACGCGCGACCCAACAACAUCCUCACUGUUUUGAUCGGCGCUGGCCUGCUCUGGAUUGGCUGGAACGGCUUCAACGGCGGCGACCCGUACGCCGCCAGCGCCGAUGCUGGCGUUGCCGUCCUCAACACCAACCUGUGCACUGCCGUAUCGCUGCUGACCUGGACAUUCUGCGACAUUGUCUAUUUCAAGAAGCCGUCCGUCAUCGGCGCCGUGCAGGGCAUGAUCACGGGCCUUGUCGCCAUCACUCCCGCUGCUGGUGUUGUCGCCGGCUGGGGUGCCAUCCUCCUCGGACUUGGCUCAGGGUCGGUCCCAUGGGUGACGAUGAACAUCCUCGGCAAAAAGUCGACCAUCCUCGAGCGCCAUUUUGACGACACUCUGGGCGUUAUGCACACGCACAUGGUGGCCGGAUUUGUCGGCGGGUUCGGCACUGGCCUCUGGGCGACCAUCGAUGGCUGUGCGGCCUUUGGCUUGACCAACCUCGGUGGCGCAAUUGCAGGCAAUGGUAUCCAGCUGGGAUAUCAGGUGGCCGGCGCCCUGUUCGUCAUCGGAUGGAACCUCGUCUGGACCAGUCUGAUUCUGCUCUUCAUCAAGCACGUCCUGCGCAUUCCUCUCCGGAUGGCCGAGGGGGACCUGCUCCUCGGCGACGAUGCCGUCCACGGCGAGGUGCCCUAUGUCUUUGGCCCCUGCGAGGCCCACGACCCCGAGAGCGGGUAUAUCCAGGGACACGCUCUGAAAACAAACGAUACCAACGACGGCGAGCUUGGCUUGGGCGGUGUCACCACCAGCGAGAAGCCAGCCAAGAAUGGAGAGUCGAGCCACGGAGUUAGUGUUGAGCACUGA